AUGAAAAGUUAAUUAUAAAGAAGUUCAUAUGGAGAAUUAUCAUCCAUUCGUUCAUAUCCAACAGAGAAAUUGAACACUCAGUCUGACAGUGAAUUGGUUGAAGUUGACAUGGAUAAACUCAAUUUUCAUUCAUUUUACUAGCCCUCAGAUCCUAUUCAAUCAUAAUCCAAUUAAGUGGAAGGAGAGCUAUUCAUUAGAGAUUUUAUUAAAAGAGUAAUUGCCAAAGUCUCAAAAAAAAUCACUGAGAAUGAACAAAUCAAAAUGCUGCCACUCAUUGGUUAUUAAUCAUCCAUUGAUAGAAUGUCACAUCCGAUUCAAUAAUACUUUAGACAACACGAAGAUCCUACACUUGAUUAUUUGACUGGUGGAUUACAAGAAGAUGAAGAACCUGUAAAUUAAACUUUUCAAUUGAUAGGUUAGAUUCCAACAAGAAUAAUGGUUGGUUCAAAAGGUUUUAUCAAUACCUGCCAAGAUAUUGGAAGUAGAAUAAUAAAGCACUAAUUCUAAUCGAUAAUCCCUAACUGCUCAAACCUUUAAGAGAUCAAGAGUCUUAAUAUAAGUAUUGAAACAUCUUUUUAAACUUUAGGAUUAAGCUUAAAUGAAUAAUUAAAAAAAUGUAAAAGAAAAAGAAAAAUUACCUGGAAUAGUUGAUCUCAAUGAUCCCUUAGAUAUCAGUCUAACUGAAGAAUUACUGAGAGCAUAGAAGGAGAGAGAUUAUAAAAUUAUGUAAGAUCUAAAAGAACAAGAAAGAAGAAGAAAACAAAAAGAGCUAGAGGAGUAAUAAUUGAAAUAUGAACUUAUAUCUAAAGAUAAAAAAUCUAAAUCAUACACUUAUGAUUAUGAUGGAAAAUUGAUUUCUGUCACUACUUUGAAAGGUCAUAAAUUUCCACCUACUGCUGCAACAUUAGGGUAUUUAAAUUAAAAAUUAAGAGAUCCAAGUUUGAAGAUGGCCAAACUAAGAUUAACAUGUUCAAUAAGAGAAAAACCUUUUUUUAGAGUCAAGGUUCCUAAAUCAAAAGGAAAUAGGAUGAUGAGAAGGAAAAGGAUACUAAGGAAUAAAUUAAAUUUUAGUCUAUUGCACCUCUUGUCAAUGAAAAUAUGCAUUUAUAAUCUGGAGUUCUNUGCAUCAGCGUGAUCAGCCAAUGA